CCCAAAAAUAAAACAAAAGAAAAUCAUAUCCUCAAUCCUCAAUCCUCAAUCCUCACUACUCCAAAGCUCCAUCAAAUCAAUCAUUCUACAAAGAACGCAUAAAGAAAUCAAGACGCGAAAAGAAAAAAAAAAGGAGAAAGAACCUUCAUCGUUUCAAUUGCUUUUUCCCUUGACGUCGGAGAUGAUGCUCGUAUCGGUACUGGCAGAGAUUCUUGAGGAAUACACGGUGGUGCUCUCGGACGUGCUGCGGCAGCUCUUUUACUCCGCCCCAUUUCCCCGCCGUGUUCGAUUUCUCAUCCUUCAUAAUCUCCCUUUCGCCGAUCGCCCAACCGCUCUAUCGGCUUAAUUAAUUAGCCCCCAUUUUUGUAAUUUGUAUGAUAAAUUUUUUUCUUUUUGUUUUUGUUGUUGUUGUUCUACUUUCGGUUUGAUCUUUUGUUUAUGGAACGAUCUGGAUUGUUCGUUUUAUGGGAAUUGUAUUGUUGUUUGAGAUUUUGGA